CGAAUCUGAUCCUAUCAACAGCAUCGCCAGUUUGCAGUUCGCCCAUUCAUCUCUCAAUCUUCGGCUCACCGCUGAGCAUAUAGACGAAUUCCACCAAUAUCCAUCCAGGAUACGGAAUAUUGAGCCAUGGCCGACCAAGAUGCGCAGAAUGGAGAGGAGGUGACGAGGUCUGGUGGACAGGUGCAAGUCCACUUUGUGACCGAGGAGAAGGAAUUCGAGCUCGAGGAGUCCAAGAGAGUCCUCCUCGUCCCUACUGACAUCCGUCGUUACAACCUCUCUCAAAUCCUCAACUCCCCCGCGAUGCUCGAUCUCCCCACCCCCACCCCAUUCGACAUCCUCAUCAACGGCACAUUCCUCCGCACCACCCUCGCCGAGUACCUCGUCUCUGCCGGCCUCUCCGCCGAAACAACCCUAACGCUUCAAUUCCUCCGCUCCAGCAUCCCCCCCACCUUCACCGCCGCCUUCGAGCACGACGACUGGGUCGCAGCGGUCGACGUCCUCUCGGCCACCUCCCCCCACUCCUCCGCCUACGAAAAGGACCCCCGCAUCCUCUCCGGCUCCUACGACGGCCUCCUCCGCAUGUGGUCCCCCUCCGGAACCGUCAUCGCCACCUCCCCCGGCGCCUCCAACGGCGGCCACACCUCCUCCAUCAAAGCCGCCAAGUUCCUCUCCCCCACCACCAUCGCCUCGGCCGGCCUCGACCGCACAGUCCGCAUCUGGUCGUACGCUGACGCCACCGGCCCAGACGCGCAGGGCAAGCUAACCCCCACCCUCGCGCUGUACGGACACACCCUCCCCAUCGAUUCCCUCGCCGCGCACACGCCCUCCAACCGCCUCCUCUCCGCCUCAGCAGACGGCUCCAUCGGUCUGUGGACCCCUAACAAAUCCGCCCCCGCUGCUCCCGCCGCGCUUCUCCCUGGCUCCGCGCCUUCCGCGAAGAGGAGGAAAAUGAACGCCGCUGUUGAUGUUCCGGCGCGCGGCGCGACUCUCAUGAUGGCUGCGCAUACCGCGCCUGCUACGGGCGUGGUGUUCCAUCCUGAUGAUGCUACGGUUGCGUACUCCACUUCGCUGGAUCAUACUCUCAAGACGCUCGAUCUGGCGACUGGAAACGUGGUUGAUACCCGUGCGACUGGACAUGCGCUACUGUGCUUGACUACCCUUGCGCCAGGUGGGAGCGGACAUGUCGUAGCUGUCGGAUCGGCGGCGAGGCACAUUACCCUUAUUGAUCCGCGGGCUGGAAGCGUGGUGAUGACCCUGCGUGGACACAAGAAUAAGAUUGCGAGUCUGGCAAGGGAUCCGUCGAGUGCGUUUGGCCUGGUCAGUGGUGCGCACGAUGGAACAGUUAGGGUGUGGGAUGUCAGGUCUUCAAGAGAGGGGAAUCUUGAUGAGGGCGGACGAGUGGGCGAGGCGGUGUUCGUGGUUGGCCGUGAUGGCGCGGGGAAGAGCAAGGUUGGUGGUGAGGGCGAGAAGGUGUUUGGUGUUGUGUGGGACCAGACUGUGGGUAUUGUGAGUGCUGGUGAGGAUAGAAGGGUGCAGAUCAACGCACCGGCGAGGUUGGAGAAGUCGUAGGCGUUGAGAGAAACGGGGGGAUGAUACCCGGAAGUUGGUGGAUUGGAUGUUGCAUAGGUUGGAGUAAAUGGUGUAAUAAAUCUAUGGCUUUAUUUAUCUCGUAUUUAUUUUGAGCGGC